AGCUGGAUCUAUCACUAGUCCUUUCCAAUUUUCCAUACAUAAAUUUGUAGUGAAGUGCUUAAUCAGACAGACAUAAACCUAUUCUCUGAUCUGAUCUCUGCUAAAUUUCUAAAUAAAACCAAUCCACACACACUCCACACUGUCGUCAAUGAGGCUCCUUCUUUGCAAUUGCAAUGAUACCAUUUUCUAUUCUUUUUACUCUUUUUUGUCUUCUUAUUCAUUACUAGUAGUACUUGUUUCUUUACUCCAAUUAAUACUCUAAAAUAAAAGGUCACAAUCACAAAACAACACAUAAGCUAGCUAGGCUUAUAGUACAUAUUUUUGACAACAUCAAACUCUCAGAUUGAAAGACCAACACAACACAACACAAAACACCCAAAAGAAAAAGACUUGGUUAUUUCCUCUGACAUUUUCUUAUGUUCUUGUCCUUUCAUUCUCUUCCACUCAAUUUCUUCUUCACUCUUUAGAGAACCAACAUAAAACCAUUCUCUCAACUCUCAAUCAAACCACCCCAUCUACUAAAAAUUGUUACUUUUAAAGAAACAACAAAAUGGGUAAUCAAAAAUUUCAAAACCAUCAUCAAUUUUACACCCAUCAUCAAAAAAAUACAUUCUUUCCAAUGCUAUGUUCAAGACCCACAAUCAAAGAUGUGAAUCUUCCAAGAUGCAGAGGAAACCCAUCAUCCACCAGCAAUGACCCUUUAUCCCCAAAAAUAGGUUGCAUGGGUCAAGUGAAGAGAAACAACAAAAUUUCUGGAUUUCCAACAUCACAAUGCAAACUCAUCAGUUUCACAAACAACAAAAGUAGCUCAACAAUUUCACCAGUUGUGAAAUACUCAAAACUCAAAAAACUUUUUUCUGGUAAGAAUCUUAUCAACACCCCCUCAACUACUACUUCUACCACCAUAACUAAACAAAGGGGUAUUAUAAAUGUGACAAAAAAACAUCAAAGAUGUGUCAGGAAUGAGAAUGUUGUUGUUGACAUAAAAAUUGAUGAAUUGGAUCCUCCUUUGCCUGUGAUCAAAAGAGUGCCUAAGUUGGAUGAAGGAAGCAAAAAUGAUAGUCUUUGGAAAAGAAGAUCAGGUUCUUCAUUGACAAGUUUACAAGUUCAACAGAUUCAAAUCCAGCCUUCAAAUAUUUGUCUUCAACCUACAACUGUUUGAUUUGAUGAAAUGGAUCCAGAGUUUUUUUUUUCUUUAUUUUUUUUAGAUUUGUACUUAAAUCAGAUAUAUUGUAAAUUGUUUGUUAUUCGUUUUUUAUGAGCCUCCAAUUUCGGAGUGAUUUGUUGGAGCAUGUCAUGUCACAUGGUGAUGCAGAACAUUGUUGGUCAUUUUUGUCUGUGAGAUACUCUUCAUGAGUAAACUGUAAGCAAGAUAGGUCAAAGUCAAAUUGUCAAACAAUUAAUGCGUUUGAAUUAAUUUAAUUUUUGUGUUCCAAA